GCCUUUUUAUGUAAACGUACAAGUGGACAAGUCAGUGCCACAAAUAUUUUUGAUGUCACAUUCCUCCGAAGUCGCCCGUCCGUCUGUCCGAUCAACCAGCCAACAGCGUAUUUGGCUUUUCGUCCUUCCCAUGUCCGCAAAUCAUCGCCAUCGUUGAGUUUGUGAGUAAGUACUUACUGGAUAACUCGUCCCUACACUACCAUCACCACCAACACCAACACGCGUAGACGCAGUAACAUGACUGGCACCGACAUCGACACCCCGCCCGACAGCACAUCCGACCCACCCACGGUCUCGUGCGAUGAUCCUCCCACUUGUAGACCAGCUCUGCCUCGUAUCAGGUCAUGUCUCAAAAACUCACCUUCUCACUCCGGCACUUCGACACCUCCAAACGACGACGAUGCCUCUCCGCAUCCCAUAAAGAAACACGUUGCGUUCUCCGAGGAGGGAACCGAAGAGGUGCAUGAGGCUGAUGAGUGGGAUAGGACGCCCGCUGAGAUACAACGUCUUACCUACGACGACGUCCUCAAACUCAAAAUGCUGCUCCGCGAGCUUCCCCGUGCAGAACAACCUGCUGACGUUCUCUCGUCCAAGCCAUUCGCAAACGUCUUCCUCGCCAAGGUACCUAUCCCACUUUUACCUCUCAACCCAACCGUCAUUUCGUCGACUGGACACAUGUCCUCGCCUCCGUCCACACCACCUGGUGCCAUAUCGCCUCCAAAGGCGCUUUGCCUCGCACGUGAUACCCAGUCACGUGAUAUCAAUGUGCCCUCGUCAUCGAUGGUACUUGCACCUCAUAACAUCCCCGUGCCUCCUCCUCCCGUAUCCACGCGACCAGCAUAUAUGCCUGCGCCUUCCACGACCCUCAAGUCAAACCUUCCACCUCGAAAACGAACAUUUUCAUUUGUGCCACUCUUAGAUGAUUCGUCGCAUGGACCGUCUAUCACAUAAUCAUAUAAUUAGGGGAGAGCAGGGGGUGCAGGACUGUUUUGGGACAAAAAACAAACUAAUAAUCUAAACUGUCUGUUAUGUAGGUUA